GAGAGCGGCUGUGACCAUGUGUAGGUAACUACGGAAAUUCCAGUCAAAAAUUCACCCAAAUUCCCACGACAAAGGGCCUUAGCCAUAGGUCAUCUAAACAGCCAUGAACCAUGUAUCUGGCCGACUGCGAUCCCAGCUGAUACGGGGCUCAACGUGCUGCUCGCUCGCCGCGCGCUUCCAACGCCAAUUCCCUAUCACGUGUCGCCCGUUGCGCCCCCGAGUAUUCGCGAGACAGCUACAGAGGUUUGCUCCCCGAGCAGCACCCAGCCAGACCGAUCCCGAGGCCAAAGCCAAGAAACUCGACCAGAAAGUCCUGGACGAGCAAGAACAGGAAGUGCGGGUGAGGCAGAAUCAAGUCAAACGGCCGUGGCAUAGAGAGGGAGCGGACGACCCGCCAACGGUAGGGGUUGAAAAAGAAGCCGCACCUGUCAGAGAAGGCAGACUCUUGACGACCCCGACACGGCUCUUGAAGCUCAUCCUCCCGCUGUCCACCACGGUGGAGAAAGACCGCGACAACAACAGCAAGCACGAUUAUGGACGAUCCAUCUCGCCCAACGACACGAUACGGCCGCUCGCGCUGCUGGUGCACCCUCAACAGCCACUGUCGUACGUCGAGCGCCUGAUCCAAGCCGAACUUCCACCCGUGAUAGAAGACGGCAAGGAAAAGAUACCCAGCGUGUAUUUCCGCACCGAAGACACCGAGCACGGCGACAACAAGCCGACGACACGAACCGAGGCAAGACGGAGGGACGAAGAGAGCGCGUCGCGGACCGCGGGCCCAACCCACGUCGAGUCGUACUCGGGCCUCGGCCAUGAGGGGCCGAAGAGGCAGGGGUCGGACAAGAACUGGGUCCGCUGGAGCAACAGCACCGAACUGGGCGACUUUAUCCGCGAUGCCGCGCGGGGCCGCGAGUUUGCCAUCGAGAUUGAAGGGUACAAUGUUGAGAUGCGCGUCAGCGUGCCCUCCUUCAGCGACCGCACCUACUACAUGCGUGCCCAGCUCCGCAAGCUGAGCCGCCAAAUCGACGAACAAUCCCAGAUCAAGCGGGAGUGCGACAUGCUCGCCUACAAUCGCGCAAACCUUUUAGCGAAAGGAGGCUUCGCUCUGCUCAGCGGGUGGUGGGGUGUUGUCUAUUAUGUUACUUUCCAUACCGAGUUUGGCUGGGACCUCGUUGAACCCGUCACGUAUCUCGCCGGCCUGUCGACCAUCAUGGGCGGUUACCUGUGGUUCUUGUACAUCAGCAAGGAUCUGAGCUACAAGGCGGCCAUGAACGUGACAGUCUCGCGCCGCCAAAAUGCCCUCUACGAAGCUCGCGGGUUUGACCACAAGAGAUGGGAACAGCUGGUCCAAGAGGCAAACGCGCUGCGUCGCGAGAUUAAGGUGAUUGCGGUCGAGUACGACGUCGACUGGGACGAAGCGAAAGAGGUCGGCGACGACGUCAAAGAGGUCUUGAGCGAGGAGCGUAGCAAGGCAGGGCACCGAGUGCGGUCCUCGGAGAAGGAGAGGGACGAGGAGUUCACGGAGCAAGAGAGGAAGAAAAAAAGACGAAGAGUUCACAAAAGAGGUCAGGCAGAAGGCAGAGCCAGCGUUGUCGCGUGGAGCACAGUCAGGCCGUGACAGCAGAAAAAUAGGGAGUUAUGUAUAAGCGACCUGCCAUCUUAGCGACUGCUUCGAUACCAUUAUAAGUUCCGUCCAUAGACUCGCCGGGAUUAGGAUCGUCAAACACUGCAUUCUGAGGUUGAAAAUUGAGGGAAAGAAAUCUCUGCUUCGCAACUUCCUCGGAAAUCGUCCUCGCGUCACCUCUCCACAUCUCGCGUCGCCAAGCCCGAGCCCCGCGCGGGCGCUUCUCCGAUGCUCC